AUGAGAUUGCGUGCAUAUCCGGUGGGUAUAUAUAGGGGCAAGUACGAAUGGGCCAACGAGAACAGUCCAGUGGGAGGCGACUGCUCGCUAUGGGUACGAGCUGCGACGCUGCAACUUGACGACGGCCAGUGGCAGUGUCAAGUCACUGCCAGUAACUACGAUGUGCAGGAUGCCCUGUCAAGUCCCCCCGCAGCAUUAGCAGUCAGAGUACCACCACAAUCUCCUCGGAUAUUGUUUAACGGAUCUCACGUAAUGCCUGGUCAAAACAUCACCGUACCAGCUGGCAACAGGGCGACAGUCGUAUGUGAGGCUAGAUAUGGAAACCCACCAGCUUACAUUGAGUGGUAUUUAGAAAAAGAACGUUUGACAGCUUGGAGUCAAACCAAUGCUUCAGAGGUGGAACGGCCAAGAGUAUGGGCAGCACGAUCAGUUCUCGAGCUUGGCGCCACUAGGUCUGCCCACGGCAGACAGCUGGCUUGUCGCGCUCAUCAUCCUUCAUACCCAUCACCUUACUACCGGGACUCUUACACCAUGCUAGAUGUUACAUUUGUUCCAGUAGUGUCCAUAAUCGGUGGCGACGCCAGCACUCUGGCUAAUCUAGAGGAGGGCUCCAGCGCUUUGACCCUCGAGUGCAAAGCUGACGGAAAUCCCAGUCCAUAUGUGUGGUGGACCAAGAAUGGACAGGUCAUCGCUACCAAUGGCGCUAAACUCAUCCUGGCCCCUGUCGCGAGGAAUCACUCAGGCAUCUAUGGCUGUCAAGCGAGAAAUUCCUUGGGUACUUCAGACUCAGUCAAGAUCGAAAUUGAUGUAAAAUAUCCGCCGCGAGUGACAUGGGUUGGCCCUGACACCGUGGUUGAAGCAAAUUUGUUCUCCCAAGUGACUUUAGAGUGCAAGGCGGAGGGCAAUCCUCCGCCCUCCUACACGUGGUAUCAUAACACCGCUUCAUCAUCUCGCGUGAACCCGUUACAAGAUGGCGCUUACCCGAUUUCGAUGACACCACAGUUGCAACUACAUAACGUGUCAUACGACCAACAUGGACGGUACACCUGUAUCGCUACCAACCAAAUCGGAUUGGAGGACAGGAACCAUCAGUCGGAGGCGGUGACGCUGAACGUGCUGGGCCCGCCGGUGGGCGCGGAGAAGGGCGCGGCGCACGCGUGGAGCGGCGGCGAGGCGCGCGUCGCGGCAUCCGUUUGCGCCGACCCGCCGCCGCGCCGCGCCGCCUGGCUCUGGGGCAGCCUGCGGCUCGACGUGCCGCAGACUAUCGGUCGCUAUCAUAGUAUGGAGCCGGCGACAGAUGGUGGCUGCUACCGCUACACGCUCUUGAUCACCAAUACACAAAUCGCAGAUGCGCGAGAUUACGUGUUACACGUGGAGAAUGAGAGAGGAUUCUCUUCACAUGCUGUCUCACUCACUGUGCAUGAUAAUUUUUCGCUAACAGAGACAGCGCACGUGGCGCCGCUGAUCGCCGCGGCGCUCGUCAUCGCAGCGCUCCUCGUCAUCGUGCUCUGUCUCAUCAUUAGGUGUCGAAGGCGAAGAGAAAGCGUGGAAUACAAGACUGAAGAUUUAGACAGUGAGAAGGCCGCCUUGCCCGCGGACGCAGUGUACACGCCGCGCGCGCCGAUGACAGCGGCGAUGGGAGGCGGGAACGUGACGGGCAUGGGCGGCGCGGCCAACACCAACCCUAACACCAACACUCUAGGCGCGCGCUACUCGCCCGCCGCGCUGCAGGUGCGGCGCGCCGCCGUCGUGCUGCAGCCCCCUACCACCGUGUGA